AUGCAGCACAGCGAUUGUCACAUGAACUUUGAAGAGCUGUCGCUGCACAGCAUUCGUACGACCGAGAAGGACGAGCAACUUCGGAUCAUCGGGGAGACCGACGAUGCUGCUGCUGCGACGAAAAGUGAUAGACGACAAAACACCUCCACGGCUGCGGAGGGUAGCAGCGCUAUCGAUCCCACCUUGACACGCCUGAUCCAUGAUGUGCAGUCCCCUGAUGUGGAUUUGCAGCUUUCAGCCCUUACGAGCAUUCGAAAACUGCUGUCCAAUGUCCCUCCUUGUCAAGCCUUGAUCACCCGCGAAGUUGCUGCGUUGCUCACAGCGUUCUUGGCACACGACCACCUUUGA